AUGAAAGAUCCUGAAGAUGGGGAUAAUGUAGAAAAAUACAGUGAUAACAACGAAGAACUGUCGGACGGAAAAGAACGAUGGUCUUGCCCAGCCUGUUGUAAACAGGGACGAGUUACCCGAAGCGGAUCCACCUCUUCCACAUGCGGUGCUCGUUCAGAAACCACUGCUCCUUUACAACCAGAUCAGUCUACCCCUACCGACACUCUCACCCUUAUACUUAACCAAUUCUCAACUAUGGCCAGUGACAUAAAGGAUAUUAAGAACUCUCAAUCUCAACUCAGAACUGAUGUUGCUUAUUGUAGAAACUUGCUACAGCAACAUUCGGACUCGAUCUCUCGGCAUGAUGACUUAAUAGCGGCCUCCGAGACCAACAUACAAAAUAUCCAGGUAUUUGGAAGUAGUAGCAAGGCCAUGUCUGAACAGAAAAAAAGAAAAGUAGAGACAAGUAAUGAUCCCAAUGUAUGGCUGAAGUGGUACCAUGAACUAAGUGAUGAAAGUGAUCUGAGUGAAAGCUCUAAGGAUGAAGAUGAAAGUGACAAAGAGGAAGAAAAUAUACUGACAGAGAGUGAGCAUAAUACAGAAUCGGAACAAGAGGUUGCGGAAAGUGAAGAAGUUGAAAGUGACGAAGACGUGCCUUUAGAUUCUUCUAGUUUCUACAUUGGGAAGGACAAAAUAACGAAAUGGAGAAAAGCGAAUCCUCCAAGAAAUGUGAAAACAAGGUCCCACGUCAAGAAUUUACAAGGGACAGAGAUGCAAGGAGUACUGAUGAGAUAG